GGGUGGGCAGUUUCCUCCUGGAGCCAUGGUCUGCAAUGCCAGCAUUCCUGGUCACUCUACCUUCCUCCUCACUGGCUUUCCGGGCCUGGCGGCCUCCCAUCAUUGGGUUUCCAUUCCCAUCAACCUCAUCUGUGUGGUUUCCAUCCUGGGCAACAGCAUCGUCCUCUUCUUGAUCCGCACGGAUCCAGCCUUACACGAACCCAUGUACAUCUUCCUGUCCAUGCUGGCAGCCUCUGAUCUGGGCCUCUGCGCCUCCACCCUCCCCACCAUGGUGCGGCUCUUCUGGCUGGGUACCCGGGAGCUGCCCUUCGACUUCUGUGCAGCGCAGAUGUUCUUCAUCCACGCUUUCACCUAUGUGGAAUCUGGGGUGCUCCUGGCCAUGGCCUUUGAUCGCUUCGUUGCCAUCCGGGAUCCUCUGCACUAUGCUACAAUCCUUCCCCACUCGGCAGUGGCCAAAGUGGGGGCUGCCAUUCUGGUACGGGCCAUCUUGCUCAACCUCCCCGGGCCCAUCCUUCUGCGGCGCCUGCUCUUUCCUCAGAUCAGUACCCUCUCCCACUGCUACUGCCUGCACUGUGACCUUGUGGGACUGGCCUGCUCAGACACCCAGAUCAACAGCUUGGUUGGCCUGGUCUCCAUACUUCUGUCGCUGGGCCUCGACUCCUCCCUCAUCAUGCUGUCCUACGCUCUGAUUCUCCGGACUGUGCUGGGCAUCGCAACACCUGGGGAACGGCUCAAGGCUCUCAACACGUGUGUUUCACACCUCUGCAUUGUUCUUAUCUUUUAUUUGCCCAAGUUGGGGCUGUCCGUGCUGCACAGAGUGGAGAAACACAGCUACCCGGCUCUGGCAGUGCUCAUGGCCAACCUGCACUUCCUGGUGCCACCCUUCAUGAACCCUGUCGUCUACAGCAUCAAGUCCAAGCAGAUCCGUCAGGCCUUCUCAAAGCGUUUCCAGCAGAAGAGGGUUGAGGCUUCCUAGGGCAGAAGGACCCA